CUGACCCUGAACCUGAUGACUAUAAAAGCUAUAUAAAGGAAAAUCGCUGCAAUUGGUCGGUUUAAUAAUGAAUCGGUACGACUUCGAGUACGGAAAGUGGCUUUCGAGUCCACCCCCCGACGAGCAAAUUGUGAUUUCAGGAAUUUCUGGUAAAUUCCCCAAGUGCGAAAAUGUGACCGAAUUCCUGGAAAAUCUAAUGGAAAAAACCGACAUGUUGACCGAAUCGAAAGAACGGUUCAAAAUCGAGCAUCCAGAAGUACCACCCAAAUCGGGAUUACUCCAAGGAAUGGACAAGUUCGAUGCUGGAUUCUUCGGGAUUCAUCAUCGCCAAAUCCAGACACUUUAUUUGGGAUUAAGGAAACUCCUGGAAAUCGCCACUGAAUCAAUCAUGGACGCUGGGAUUCAUCCCAAGGAGUUGGAAGGGAGCAAAACGGGAGUUUUUGUGGGGUACUCAUGGAACGACUCCGACGUGGAAAUCCUAGCCAAGGUUACUGGAACCCAACAAUUCGCCAUGACUGGAUUACUCCGUUGCAUGGUUGCCAACCGUCUCAGUUAUUUUUUCAAAUUAAAAGGCCCUAGUUGUGUUUGUGAAACGGCUUGUAGUAGUAGUCUAGUGGCCUUUGACCACGCUGUAAAAUCCCUAAGGAGUGGCCAAUGUGAGAAUGCCAUUGUUGCCACGUGUCAUCUCUUGUUUCAUCCAGCUGUCACAGUACAAUUUUUCCGCUUGGGUGUUUUAAGCCCCGACAGUAAAUGCAAAGUCUUCGACGAGGACGCCAACGGUUAUGUCCGUUCCGAAGCAAUGAGUUGUUUAUUUUUGCAAAAAAGCAAAAACUCGCGACGAAUUUACGCCAAAAUCCUUCAUUCGAAGGAAAACAGCGACGGUUUUAAAUCUGGGGGAAUCACAUUCCCUUCAUCCCCCGUCCAAGGCCAACUCCUGAAGGAGAUGUACGCCGAGAGUGGGAUUAAUCCCUCCCAAUUGAGCUAUUUUGAGGCUCAUGGAACGGCAACUCGUGUCGGCGACGUCGAAGAAGUCAACGCAAUUGAUAACAUUUUAGGACGAAACCGAACCGAACCGCUUCAUAUCGGUUCGGUUAAAUCCAACAUUGGGCAUUCGGAACCCGGUUCAGGACUCUCUUCACUCAUCAAAGUCAUUCUAUGUAUGCAUUCCGGUUAUUUACUCCCCAACAUACACUUUAACCGAGUCAAAAAGGACAUAACCGGAAUCCUCGAAGGUCGGUUAAAGGUUGUAACCGAAAAAACACCACUCGAAAACCAAAACGCAAUUGCUGGGAUUAGUAGUUUCGGGUUUGGUGGGAGUAACUGUCACGUGAUUGUGCAAAGGUGGGGGGAGGAUGUAGCACAAACCGAUCAAACACCAAGACUGGUCUGUGUGAGUGGUAGAACCAAAAAUGCAGUUAGAAGUUUUCUAAAAAUCAAAAAUUUUGACAUUGAAUUUAUCGCUUUGGUUCAUCAAGUUUUCAAACACGAUUUUCCGGAACACCCAUAUCGUGGAUUUGUUAUUUUAACCAAAAACGGGCCCCAAAUCGAUUCAGUUCGGCUCUGUCCUCUUGAAAAAGUACCACUAUUUGUCAGAUUUGGGGUUUUGGAUAAGUGGUACCACGCUGUGGGGCGGUACUUUCUACAAUUUCCAGUUUUUGAACAAACAAUAGAAAAAAUUGGUACUCUUUUGGGCAAUGACAGGAUAAUUGAAACACUAAAAGGGGGCAAAGGUGGGGUCGAAGACCCCACUUUGGUGUCUUCUUGUGUCCAAUUAGGGAUUAUAGACGUACUAAAAGUGCUAAAAAUUGACCCAAAAUUGAUUUGGGACAAUCCCAAAGCAAAAAUCGUGUCACAGUACUACCAAAAUUCGUCACUUGAGACAACUCUAGCCCGGAUCAAGUCCCAAGACACUUCAAACGGUUUCGAGACACUUGAAAUGGUACCACAAGACUCAAUUGUGUGGGAUUUUACCGAUUCAGGACCAUUUGGUGCAAAUCCUGACCUUUUUUUGGAAUUUUUGGGCCGCUUGUAUGAAUGUAAUUAUAACCCACAAGUAUGGAAAUUGUACCCUGAGGUAAAGUUUCCGGUACGUAGAAGUACCCCAUUUUUGUCCCCUUUGAUCAAGUGGAACCAUGAAACGAAAUGGAGUGUCCCCGAAUGUAAAUUACAAGGUGAAUCAUUAACAGUGUCAGUGGCCUUUUCUUUGGAGGAAGAAGCAGAUAAGUAUGUCGAAGGACAUGUGAUUGACGGUCGGAAUUUAUUCCCAGCGACUGGUUAUUUGUACCUAAUUUGGGUCAUUUAUGCCGAAAAUUACCUAACAAGAUCGGCCAAGUUGGCACCAGUGGUUUUCACAAAUUGUAAAUUUAUUCGAGCAACGAUAGUACCAAAAAUCGGGUUUUUGAACCUUGUCAUUUCCAUACAACGAAAAAGUGGGUUUUUUGAAAUUAUGGAAAAUGAUACUAUUGUGGUAACGGGACGAAUUGAGGCUCCUCAAAACUUAAAACCCUUCAAGAGUAACCUAAUGGUUACCGAAGACAAUAACUUGGUUUUUGACCAGUCCGACAUUUACAAAGAGUUACAUUUGAGGGGUUAUGACUACACAGGACUUUUCAAAAAUAUGCUCAAGUGUAACACUGAAGCAACUUGUGGAGUCCUCAAAUGGGACAAUAAUUGGGUGGCUUUCAUGGACACAAUGUUACAAAUUAAAAUCCUCCAGAUGGACACGAGAUACCUUUACGUCCCUGUUGGUAUCAAUAAACUGGUCAUUGACCCGAUUGAACACUUGAAAAUGAUCGGUGACGAAAAAGUGGUACCAGUGAAUGCCUACAAAAGCAACAAUUUGAUCAAAUCUGGAGGAAUUGAAAUUUCGGGUCUCUACGCAAGUCCAAUUUCAAAACGCAAACAGAUUCUUGAACCAGUAUUAGAAAAACACGUUUUUGUCCCAAAUGAGAGUACCAUGGAUUUGGACACAAUCCUAAGGGUCAAUACCCAAAUCAUUCUAGAGAAUACAAUGGAGGAGCAGUUCAAAGCAGUUGAAAUAGUUGAUGAGUUGGUACCAAGUACCCUUCUAAUGCCUUUGAUUUACAAUGCACUCGAGGACGUACCAGUGGUACACCCCGAUUUGAUCAUUUCCACUAAAAGUACCCUCGAGGAGGUACCAGGUGUCAAAAUUGAAAAUUAUAGUGUCUCAAGUGAGAGUAAUUUAUCGCUGAUUGUUGGUACCAAAAUCCUGUCACGUGUGACGGUACUUCAGAAGGUUCUAACCGGUUUGAGUAAAACUGGUUAUAUUUUGAGUCGCGAAGAGAGAGAUUUUAGUACCACUAUCGCAAAUUUAACUCUUGUGACUGUGUUUGGUACUGGGAACGAGAAAUUGGUACUUUUGAAAAAAACCGAACCGGUUGAGGGUCACAAAUUUGUUGAAAUUGAUUCCAAUUUUGGUUGGAUUUCUGAGUUACAGAAAUCUCUUGAUGGUCACACUAGUGUGGUACUUUAUAGUCAGUACCAAGAUUGUGAUGGUACUUUAGGUUUAAUUAAUUGUUUGAGACGUGAACCAGGUGGUAAUAAAAUCACUUGUGUGUUUAUAAUGGACACAGCACCGGUUUUUGACCCUCAAAACCGGUUUUACAGCCAACAAAUUAGUAAAAAUUUGGCUGUUAGUGUUUAUAAAGAGGGUCAUUGGGGGACGUAUCGACAUUUACGGCUUGAGGACUCUAUUGAGGUUUUGAGGGAACACUCAUUUGUUACUUGUGUUUCAAAAGGUGAUCUUUCGAGUCUUAGAUGGGUCCAGGGACCUUUAAUUGUGAAUAAUGACCCAAAUUUGGUGAUAAGUAAUUAUUGUGCUAUCAAUUUUAAAGAUGUUAUGACAGCUACGGCUCGUAUUAAUUUAACCAUUGACAGGAUUAACCAAGAGAAUAUUGAAGGAUUUGAGUUUAGUGGUCACAAAAUGGGUGAAAAAGUGAUGGGGAUUAUUUCAAAUGGUGCUCUCUCGACUUUGAUUACUUCUGAUCCGAAUCUGACUUGGGUGGUACCAAAUGACUGGUCAUUAGAAGAGGCAGCAACGGUACCAGUGGUUUACUCAACUGUUAUUUACGGCCUUUUGAUGCGUUCUAGUCUAAAACCUGGUACUUCAAUUCUGAUUCAUUCUGGUACUGGAGGUGUGGGUCUUGCGGUCGGUUUAGUUGCAAAAAUGCAGAAAGAUAACAAGGAAUUAGUGAUCGGUGGUACUCUUCAACAGAAAAUUUCAAGCUGUCUCAACGUCUUGGACCGAUUUUUGAACCAAGAAAACCCAGUAGUUUCCUCAAUGGUGGUAGCAGAAAAACGCGAUAGGAGACUCGGGAGUGGCAGUGCGGUCGAUGUUGUUGCCACUAUUUUAGGAAUCAAAGAUUUGAAAACCAUCAGUCACCACUCGACUUUAGCCGAACUUGGAAUGGAUUCAAUGAUGAGUACCGAAGUUAUGCAAAUCCUCGAAAAAGAUUUCGAAAUUUUCAUCUCAGCCAAAGAAAUCAGAAAUUUAACCUUCACCAAAUUAAAAGAAAUGGGCAAAACUCUAUCAAACCAAGAACAAAACAAAAAAUUAUCACAAGGAACCAAAACUUUAAUCAAUUAUAUACCCGAAGCUUGUGACGAAACCAUCGUAGAAAUCCCAAGGAUCGAAGGUGUGCUAAAAUUACUCGAUCCCGUAACCAGUAACUUGAAAUCCCGACUUUUGGGAAUCCAAUACUCUUACAAAAACCCCGAAAGUACCAUCCGUGAAACAGCACUUAAAAUUCUACCAUUUAUUGAGCACCAACUACCCGAGAAGAAAUUCAAUUUUCUUGGGUACUCAUUUGGGGCUUUGGUGGCGCUAGAAAUCGCCCAAAUGCUUGAAACGAAGGGCUUUAUCGGGAAAAUUGUUCUAAUUGAUGGUUCCCCUCACUACACCAAAGAAUCGAUCUUGCAUUUUGCUCCAGGAGAAACCGAAGCUGAGAUCGAGACAAUGCUUCUUUAUAAUAUUCUAGGAACGGUACUACCAAUCGAAAUACUGGAAAAAUCCAAAACUGAUUUAAUUAAAUGUUCAAAUUUUGAUGAACGGAUCAAUAAAGCCCGUGCUUUGAUUCCUGAAGAGUUGACAGAUAAGCAAAAAUUGGAAAAACAAGCAGCUGUCACACUCCAACAAAGAUUUAAAUCAAUUCGUUGUUACACUUUUAGUGGGAAAAAAAUCAAAUCUUUUGUCAAGUUGUACAAACCGGAGAUUCCCCUAGUCAGUGGUGUGGAUGAUGAUUACAAGUUGGCACAACUGUGUGACAAUCAAAUUGAAAUUAUGACAGUUGGAGGCGAUCAUAUGACUAUGCUACAACAAAGCGAACUAAUUAAUGACUUGAAUAAAAUUUUUGAAGAUCCCAUCGCAAUGUUUCAAACACCCAUCGUCUGGCCCAAUGUGGUACUUUUCACCCUUUAUCAUAUUAUAGCCCUUCAAGGGUUGUACUACAUUGCAACUUUGAAAACUAACUUGAGAACUUUAAUUUGGGCCGGACAAGGGAUCACGUCUGGGGUUCACCGUUUAUGGGCCCAUAAGUCAUACAAAGCUAAACUUCCUCUCCGACUUUUUCUAUGUCUAUGUCAGACCAUAAGUUUCCAAAACUCGAUUUAUGAAUGGGCACGUGACCACCGCGCCCAUCACAAGUUUAGUGACACCGAUGCUGAUCCACAUAACAUCAACCGUGGAUUUUUUUUCGCCCAUAUGGGUUGGUUACUAGUACGCAAACACCCACAAGUUAAAAUAAAGGGUCAAUUGAUUGAUUUGAGUGAUUUAGAAAGUGAUUCAGUGGUACAAUUCCAGAGAAAGUACUACCAUGUUUUAGCCCCGAUUUGUUGUUUUGUGGUACCGACAAUUGUACCAUGGUACUUGUGGGAGGAAAAUUUUUAUACAAGUUUUUGUGUUUGUAUGUUGAGAUAUUUGAUGAGUCUCCAUUUUACUUGGUUGGUCAAUAGUGCGGCCCAUAUGUGGGGGUAUAAACCCUACGAUAGGUCGAUUAAACCAUCUGAAAAUCGUGUCGUUGCAAAGUUAACCAUGGGUGAAGGUUGGCACAAUUACCAUCAUACUUUCCCAUGGGAUUAUAAAGCUGCGGAAUUAGACACUUACAAUGCUUUGGUAAACAUUUUCCAUCCAAUUACGAUGCAAACCCAAAGCAGUGAGAAUUUCAAAUACGGCCAAUGGCUUUCAUCACCCCCUCAGGGCGAGGAAGUCGUCAUAACAGGUAUUUCUGGACGAUUCCCGGCCAGUCGCAACCUGGAAGAGUUCCGAAACAACAUCUACAAUAAAAAGGACAUGAUUUCCAAAGCGGACAAACGUUGGAUUUGCAAAAAUGAGGAAAUCCCUAAAGAGGCAGGGAUUAUCCCCGAUCUUACCCUUAUCGAUGCUGGAUCAUUUGGGAUUCAAUACGAACAAACAAAAAACCUAGAUCCGGUUUUAGGGAAUUUCCUCGAAGUGGCAAUUGAGGCGAUUUUGGACGCUGGGAUGAAUCCCAAAGAUUUGGAAGGGAGUAAAACUGGGGUGUUUGUGGGGUAUUCAUGGUCGGAAACUGAGGCCAUUUUAGGGGAUAAUACCGAAAAGAAUCGAAGAUAUUUGACUAGUUGCAUGAGGAGUUUUAUACCGAACAGAUUGAGUUAUUUUUUGAAAUUGAAAGGACCAAGUGUUAUUAUUGAUACAGCUUGUAGUAGUUCACUUAAUGCCCUAGAACUUGCUUUCAAGGCUAUAAGAAGUGGGCAAUGUGAAAAUGCCCUAGUUGGAGUGUUUGAUCAAGAUGCCAGUGGUUACGUGAGGAGUGAAACAGUUGCUUGUAUCGUCCUCCAAAAAUCGAAAAAUGCCAAAAGAAUCUAUUCUCAAAUAAUUCAUGGUAAAGUCAACAGUGAUGGUUUCAAAGAGGAAGGAAUACAUUUCCCCUCAAUGACGAUGCAAACCAAACUCCUCGAAGAAGUUUUGCUCGAAAGUGGAGUUUCAUCGUCUCAAUUCUCCUACUUGGAGAUGCACGGGACUGGUACCAAAGUUGGCGAUGUUGUGGAAGUUACAGCUUUGGACAAUGCCCUUUUACGAACCAAAACUUUACUAAUCGGUUCGGUUAAGUCGAAUUUAGGGCAUGCUGAACCCGGUUCUGGUAUGGCAUCGAUCAUCAAAGCAAUCCUAGCGAUGGAGGAAGACCAAGUUGCACCAAACAUCAACCUCAAAACGGUUAAACCGGAUUUGGUACCAAUCUAUGAGAAAAAAUUUCAAGUUGUAACCGAUGUAACUCCACUUCCUGCCACUCAAAAUUACUACAUUGGAGUCAACAAUUUUGGUUUUGGAGGAAACAACUGUCAUGUUAUCCUCAAAUCGAUGACCAAGAAGAGGAAAUUUCCAGAUUUUGAUUUUCCACGACUUGUUUGUGUCAGUGGUAGAACUGAGGAAGCGGUUAGAGUGAUUUUGAGUGGUACCAAAUACAAUCCCGAGUUGUUCACAUUGUUUGAGCAAAUUUUCUACAAACCAAUUUCGAGUCAUUUGUACCGGGGAUUUGGCAUUUUCACCAAAAGUGGUACCAAAGAAGUGGCAUUUGAACCAAUUGUGGACAAGUCAGUGCAAUUUUGCAUCAAUUUUGGGAAAUUCGAAAUAUCAUACACGAAACUUGCAGACUACUUUAUGAAUUUCCCAGUUUUCAAGAAAACUUUUCUAUUGGUUAAUGACUUAAUUUCGGGUCAGAAUGGUCCAAUUCUGGGUCAAAUUUCCUUCGGUCUUGGUCUCAUCGAAACUGUCAAGGAUUUGGGUCUGGAACCCGUGGCCACUUGGGAUAAUUCAGUGGGGAAACUCCUUUCUGGGUACUUGGAGGGGAGUUUGACCAUCAAGGAGGUUAUCGAAGGGUCCACCAAUGGUAUUUUCCCAAUUUUGAAAAACCCGAAAUUGGAACGUUACUUGAAACACUUGGAAUUGAAUCGAAACGUUCCAUUUGGUCGAAAUUCGGUGGUUUUGGACGUUUCAGAUUCCGGUUUGGGUCAGAACCCUGAUGGGUUUUUAUCGAUUUUGGGCCGUUUGUACCUACAAGGGUACGAUUUAGACCUGCGUGGGUUGUACCCAAAAGUCGAGUUUCCGGUCAGUCGGGGUACCCCGAUGAUUUCGCCGUUGGUCAAGUGGUAUCAGAAAUCCUUCUAUAGUACCAUCUAUGGAGAUGUCAAAUCUGGGUUGGAUUAUAACUGGGUUAUGGAUGAAACUACCACUUAUUUAGACGGUCAUGUGAUCGAUGGGCGAAAUUUGUUCCCAGCAACUGGAUAUUUGAACAUAGUUUGGGAGUAUUUAGCCAAACAGUUAUCAAUGACUACUGAUUAUCUCCCAGUGGUUUUUGAAAAUUGCAAAUUUGUAAGAGCGACAACAAUUAGUGAUAAUUUCCUCUCCUUCUCAGUUUCGGUUCAAAAAAAUGGAGAUUUUGAAGUGAUGGCCAAUGAGAGUGUUGUUGUCACAGGACGUGUGUCCAUUCCUGAAACAGUCAAUUUGACUAAUUUGCCUCGUUUGGACUUGGAAAAUGAUCCAAAAAUGGUUUUGGACGAGUCUGAAAUUUACAAAGAGUUGCAUUUGCGUGGUUAUAAUUACACAGGAUUGUUCAAAGGAAUUGUUAAAUGUAAUGUUGAUGGUUCUGCUGGGUUAAUUCGAUGGGAGAAUAAUUGGGUCAGUUUUAUGGAUAAAAUGCUCCAAAUGAAAAUCCUUGAAAUGGAUUCGAGACUUUUGUAUGUCCCAAUUGGGAUCAGGAAAAUUUUAAUUGAUCCUAGAAAACAUUUAGAGGAGCAAGGACCAGUUAUGAGAGUUUCAUCAUACCGGGAUUGCAACGUUUUAAAAUGUGGUGGAAUUGAAAUUAGUGGACUUGAAGCAAGUCCAAUUUCGCGUCGCAAAGCGACUCUCGAGCCGGUCCUGGAAACAAAUAUUUUCAUCCCUAAUGAUUUUAGCACGGAUUUGAGUCAAUCAAUCCGGAUUAACACCCAAAUCAUCCUCGAGGAAUCCCUUGAUAAUAAUUUUAAAGCGUUAGAACUUCAUGACGAAUCUUCUCUUGAUUCAUUUGUGAUGCCUUUGGUGUUCAAUGCCCUUGAAGAUAUCCCUUUGGUGCAACCAAAUUUGGUUAUUUCGACCAAAAAAGAGAUCGAGGAAAUCCCCGGUGUGAAAAUCGAAGAUCACGCACUUUCCCCUUCGAGCAAUUUUCUUCUAAUUGUUGGGUCAAAAUUACUCCAAAGUGCGACUGUUCUUAAUCAAGUUUUGGCUGCUUUGAGUCCCAAUGGGUUUGUUUUGAGUCGCGAAAAUUUGGACUACGUGGUCGGUUUAGUUGCGAAAAUGCAGAAAGAUAACAAGGAAUUAGUGAUCGGUGGUACUCUUCAACAGAAAAUUUCGAGCUGUCUCAAUGUCUUGGACCGAUUAUUGAACCAAGAGGAACCAAUAGUAUCCUCAAUGGUAGUGGCAGAAAAACGCGAUAAGAGAAUCGGGGGUGAAAAUCCUCUCGACGUCGUUGCAACUCUUUUAGGUAUCAAAGACAUGAAAACAAUUAGUCAACAAUCAACUCUAUCCGAACUUGGAAUGGACUCAAUGAUGGUAAACGAAAUUUUGCAAACAUUGGAAAAAGAAUUCGAGAUUUUUAUCACACCAAAAGAACUCCGAAAUUUAACAAUUGCAAAACUGAGCGAAUUAGGAAACGAAAAAUCAACAACAAUAAAACAAGACCAAAAAACAAAUCAAAAUCUAGAACAAAUGCUUCCAGAAAACACAACUGAUCCUAUAAUUAAAUUACCAAGUCUAGUAAAACCAAGUGAGAAAGCCGUCAAAAUUUUUGUUCUACCUGGCAUUGAAGGGGCCUUGAAACUACUAGAACCCCUAACCAAAAAUUUGAAUGCCCAUGUUUUGGGUUUGCAAUACAUUGUGCAAAAUUGUGACACAAUUCGAAAAAUAGCACUGGAAUUACUACCGGUAAUUGAAACGAAUUUAGAAGUUCCGUGCAAUGUGACAAUGCAAGACGAAAACUUCCAUUUCGGUCGAUGGUUAUCGACGCCGCCUGCGGGCGAAGAAGUUGUCAUUACGGGAAUUUCGGGACAAUUCCCCAAAUCCCGAAACGUGAAACAAUUCCGGGACAAUUUAGUCAACAAAAAAUCAAUGCUUUCCAAAGUUGAAGAACGCUGGGUUGAGAAACACACCGAACUUCCGCCAACUGCUGGCUUCCUUCCCGACAUCACAAAACUCGAUUUGGGAUUUUUCGGGAUCCAUUGGAGACAAUCCCAGAAUAUGGAUCCCACGCUGAGGGGGUUCCUCGAGGUUAGUUUGGAGGCGAUCCUGGAUGCGGGAUUGCAUCCCGACGAAUUGAAAGGAACCAAAACCGGGGUUUUUGUGGGGUACUCAUGGUCGGACGUGGUAUGGGCAUCUUUGAAGAGUAUCGACCAACCACAAACUUUCGGAGUUACAGGUUGCGAGCGUUCGUUUAUCCCACGAAGAGUUAGUUAUUUUUUGAAACUCAAAGGACCAAGUUAUGUUGUCGAUACUGCUUGUAGUAGCUCACUCAGUGCCCUAGAUCAUGCCUUCAAGGCUAUAAGAAGUGGGCAAUGCGAUAAUGCCCUAGUUGGUGGCUGCAAUUUAACAAUGAAACUAAGGACAACUCUACAAUUUGCACGUUUUGGCGUUUUGAGUAAAGAAGGACGUUGCAAAGUGUUUGAUCAAGAUGCUGAUGGUUAUGUUCGGAGUGAAACAAUUGCUUGUGUUUUUCUACAAAAGGCGAAAAKUGCCCGACGAAUUUAUGCCAAAAUCAUACAUUCGAAAUCGAACCAUGAUGGGUUCAAAAACGAAGGAAUUUUCUURCCUUCGUCUGAAAUGCAGAGCAAACUACUCAAAGAAAUGUACCAUGAGAGUACCAUUGACCCGUCGCGUCUGACCUAUAUGGAAUUUCARGGUACCGGUACCAAAGUGGGUGAUUUAGAAGAGGUCCAAGCUGUGGAUAAUGCCAUUUGUACCAAACGCAAAAAACCAUUGUAUAUAGGAGGUGUCAAAUCUAAUAUAGGUCACGCAGAACCGGCUUCAGGUAUAGCAGGCCUCAUUAAAGUACUAAUAGAAAUGGAGGAAGAAAUUCUCAUUCCCAACAUUAACUUAAAAAAAAUUAAAACCGGAAUGGUUCCAUUAGAAGAAGGAAGAAUGAAAGUUGUAACAGAAGUAACACCGUUUCAAAGUCAUGAUACCAUAAUGAGUGUCAGUAAUUUUGGUUUUGGUGGUACCAACUGUCACGUCAUUCUUGAAAGAGUGUCAGAACSAAAAACACGUUUCGAAGAUAACAUCCCACGCUUGGUUUGUGUGAGUGGUAGAACUGAAGAAAGUGUGAAGACAAUUCUAGACAAUUUGGUACCACUCAACUGUGAAUUUGUCGGGUUAUUGCACCAAAUUUUCAAAAAACACUUUACGAACCAUUUGUUUCGUGGGUACUCAAUUGUGACCAAAAAUGGUACCCUUGCUACUUCAAUUGGAGAAAAUUUAAAUCAAUCGAUGUUUUAUGUCAAUUUUGGGUGUUUUGACAAGUUGUACCAACCCGUGGGGCAGUAUUUUUUACAAUUCCCUGGUUUUCAAAAUUCAAUGCAUCGAAAAACCGGUGAAGGGGUCUUAGGGGGCGUCGCAGUUCAAAUKGGAGUUGUUGAGACUCUAAAAGAAGUAGGUCUUGACCCAAUUAUGACCUUCACUGAUUUAACAGGAAAACAAACUUGUGACUAUUUCGACCAAAAUUUAACACUUAAAGAAGUGAUUCUUCAAACACUUAAUUCCAAUGUUUCAAAUUCAGUUCUCUCGAAUCCGAAAAAGGCCAGACAUCAAGGAAAACCCCCAAAAUUUGAAAAUUUAAACACACUUUCGCGAAAUUCCAUCAUUUUGAAUCUGUCUAAUUCAAACGAGACGUUUAAUUUUUUGCAAAUUUUGGGCAAAUUYUUCAACCAAGGACACAACCUUCAACUCGAUAAAUUGUACCCAGAAGUGGUGUUUCCAGUUGGUCGAAAUACACCCAUGAUUGCACCAUUGAUCAAAUGGAAUCAUACCAAGAGUUGGAAGGUUGACUUAUUUGCACAAUCUGAUGAAAUUGGAAAUAUGGACUAUGAUGUGAGAUUAGCUGAUGAGAAUCUUUAUCUAGCAGGCCAUGUAAUCGAUGGGCGAAAUUUAUUCCCAGCAACUGGAUAUUUAAAUAUAGUUUGGGAAUUGAUCGCAAAAGAGAGAAAUACUUUCCCGAUUUAUCUCCCGAUUGUUUUCGAAAAUUGCAAAUUUGUGAGGGCCACAACAAUACCCAAAAAUGGGUUUAUCCCAUUUUCGGUUUCAUUGCAAAAAAGUGGAGUUUUUGAAAUUACCGAAAAUGCGAAUCUUGUGGUCACAGGACGAGUUUACACUCCUCCUGUGAUAAGUUUCACCAAUUUACCAGAAUUGAAAUUGAGGAAUGAUUCAAAAGAAAUUUUGGAUGAAUCUGAUGUUUAUAAAGAGUUGCAUUUGCGUGGUUAUAAUUACACAGGAUUGUUCAAAGGAAUUGUUAAAUGUAAUGUCGAUGGUUCUGCUGGGUUGGUUCGAUGGGAGAAUAAUUGGGUCAGUUUUAUGGAUAAAAUGCUUCAAAUGAAGUUACUUGAUUUGGAUUCGAGACUUUUAUUCGUUCCAAUUGGAGUCGAUCGAAUUUCAAUUGAUCCAAUCAAACAUUUGCAAAAUGUUACUGAUGAGGAAACUCUUCUCCAAGAUUGUUUCAGGUGUGGAGGAAUUGAAAUUCGUGGACUUCAUGCUAGACCGAUUUCGCGUCGCAAAGCGACUCUCGAGCCGGUCCUGGAAACAAAUAUAUUCAUCCCUAAUGAUUUUAGCACGGAUUUGAGUCAAUCAAUCCGGAUUAACACRCAAAUCAUCCUCGAGGAAUCYCACGAAAAAAAUUUUAAAGCGUUAGAAAUCCACGACGAAUUUUCUUUUGAUUCAUUUGUGAUGCCUUUGGUGUUCAAUACCCUUGAAGAUGUCCCUUUGGUGCAACCAAAUUUGGUUAUUUCGACCAAAAAAGAGAURGAGGAAAUCCCCGGUGUGAAAAUCGAGGCUAACACACUUUCCCCUUCGAGUAAUUUUCUCCUAAUUGUUGGGUCAAAAUUAUUCCAAAGAGCGACUGUUCUUAAUCAAGUUUUGGGUGCUUUGAGUCCCAAUGGGUUUGUUUUGAGUCGCGAAAAUUUGGACUACGUGGUCGGUUUAGUUGCGAAAAUGCAGAAAGAUAACAAGGAAUUAGUGAUCGGUGGUACUCUUCAACAGAAAAUUUCGAGCUGUCUCAACGUCUUGGACCGAUUAUUGAACCAAGAGGAACCAAUAGUGUCCUCAAUGGUAGUGGCAGAAAAACGCGAUAAAAGAAUCAGAGGUGAAACACCAGUCGAUGCAGUUUGUGCCAUUUUAGGCAUUCAAGACAUGAAAACAAUAAACCAACAAUCAACUUUAUCCGAACUUGGAAUGGACUCAAUUCUAGGAAGCGAAAUUUUACAAACAUUAGAAAAAGACUUUGAUAUUUUUAUUCCACCAAAAGAUUUAAGAAAUAUGACGUUUGCAAAAUUGGUCGAUCUCCAAAGCCAAAAAAACACCAAAACUCAAAUCGAAAAAAUCGAUCAAGGCACUAAAGCCCUAAUUCAGUUUGUACCAGAUAGUGGUUCCGAAGAUUUACCUUUUAUCAAACUCCAAAGUUUGGCAAAUGAAAAUCAACAAGUCCCAACAAUUUUCGUAUUACCAGGAAUUGAAGGUGUGGUCAAAUUAGUUGAACCUUUGAGUCAAAAACUCAAAGCUGACGUUUUUGGACUCCAAUAUUCUUUUAAAAAUCCCGAGGACUCAGUCCAAGAAAUUGCGUUUAAAAUUCUUCCGCAUGUGAAACAACUACUAAAAGAGGAGAAAAACUUCACUUUUAUUGCAUACUCAUUCGGGGUACUUGUUGCCAUUGAACUGGUCUCUCUCCUCGAAGAAGAAAAUUAUUCCGGGAGAAUUUUCGCAAUUGAUGGGGCCCCUAAAUACCUGAAAACGUCAAUUUUACAGCAAAUUUCCGGAACCAACGAAACUGAAUUUGAAACUUUCAUCAUUUACACAGUUUUAGCUCAUUUCCUUCCAGUUGAAUUUCUAGAUAAACACAAAGAGAAGUUAUUAAGUUGUGAGAAUUUUAAUGAGAGGAUUGAAACGGCAACUACUUUGGUACCACCCGAGUUAUUAAAAAAUGAAAAAAUGGACAAACAAGCUUUGAUCACUUUCCAUAAACGAUACAAGGCAAUUCGUGAAUACCAAACACAGAAAAGGAAACUUCAAUCAGUGAUGAAACUCUACAAAGCGGAAUUUCCACUAGUCGAAAAUAUGGAAGAAGAUUACAAUUUGGCGGAAUUUUGUCAAGAAAAAGUCCAAGUGUUGAGUUUAAAAGGAAAUCAUUUCACAAUUGUUGAACAAAAUGAACUUGCUGAAGACAUCACUAAAGAAUUGGAGCUUUGAGAGAUUUAAAAUCUUAAAACUGUAUUCUCUAAGUUUAAAAAUAAAGCAAUUUUGUUAAAUUA